UGUGUGUGUGUGUCCAUGCGUUCACUCACAGCUCCAGCCAACGCCCAGAUCGUGCACUCAGGCGCAGCGUGUAACGUCAAGGAUGAUAACAUCAGUGAGAGAAUCUACACCAUCAAAGAAGGAGACACCCUAGUGCUUCAGUGUAUCGUUAAAGGACACCCACGGCCACAGGUACGAUGGACGAAGACAGCAGGCAGUGCGUCAGACAAGUUCCAGGAAACAUCCAUCUACAACGAGACGCUGCGCAUCGAGGGCAUCCAGAGGGUGCAGGGGGGUCGCUACUACUGCAAGGCCGACAACGGGGUGGGGGUGGCUGCCAUCAAGUCCAUCCGCGUAGAUGUGCAGUACCUUGACACACCUGUUCUGACCGUGCACCAGACCAUCAGCGAUGUGCGUGGCAGUUACUACCAGGAGAAGACAGUGUUCCUCCGCUGCACCGUCAACUCCAACCCUCCCGCACGAUUCAUCUGGAAACGUGGGAACAUGCUCAUCGAACAGAGCAAGGACAAUGGAGUGGACAUCUACGAACCGCUUUACACUCAGGGUGAGACCAAGGUGCUGAAGCUGAAAAACCUCAGACCCAAGGACUUUGCUGAUUACACGUGCCAGGUGUCCGUCCGCAAUGUGUGUAACAUUGAAGACAUGUCGGUCACCUUUAGGCUCACAAAUGCCACAUCUCCCCCAAUGAUCCGGCUGUCAGUGAACGACACGGUGGUGGUGGAUCCUGGGCAGGAUGUGCUCUUAACCUGUGAGGUUACGGCAGGUUUUCCUCUCCCUACUGUGACGUGGUCGCGUUACCCCAGCCCCCUUCCCCUCAGUGCACAAGUUCGAGGGCCAACGCUGAUUUUGCGGGCCGUCACACCGGCUGACGCAGGUUUCUACAACUGCACAGCUGUCAACAAUGUGGGCAACCCUGCACGCAAAAACGCCAAUCUCGUUGUCAGGACAAUGGGCAACCUGACCUUCCAGAUUACACCAGACUCCAACAAGGACAGCGAGACCAUCCAGAUGGGUCGGGACCUCAAGCUGUCAUGCCACGUUGAUGCCACCCCGCAGGACAAGGUCAACUACACAUGGUACAAGAACGGUGCACCUGUCUUCAACUCGGAUAGCCUGAUCUUGCUGCGCAGUGACCCAGACAUGGCACCCGGCACCAGUAGCUUGGAGAUUGUGGACAUGAAGUUCAGAGACUUGGCUACCUACAGCUGUGUGGCGAACUUCCCAGGCAGCAGGGUGCCAGAGCUCCGUGUGGAUGUCAACAUCUCUCAGAACAGUGUCUCUCCUCCAGUGUUGUCGGUUCCACCCGGAGGUCAGGUGGUCAGUGUGCGAGAGGGAGGAAACGUUGAGCUGGUGUGCUUGGUGGUGGAUGGCAAACCACGUCCACCCAUACUGUGGUCACGGACAGAAAAGGACCUGCUAAUGCCAUCAGGGACGACCACGAUGGAGACACCCGAUGGCCGCCUGAGACUCAAGAGCGUCAGCCGGGACAUGAUGGGGGUGUACCGGUGCCAGACUGCUCCAUACAACGGGCUGAACAUCAAACGCAGAGAAGCACAGGUCCAACUCAAUGUGCAAUAUCCUCCCAUACUGGACCCAGUCUUCCAGGACACACGUUCUAGGAACUAUCAGAUGGUGACCCUGAGGUGUACAGUCAUGCGGACAAACCCGCCACGCCUAACAGACGUCCGCUGGUUCCGUAAUGGCGACUUCAUCCGCAUGCCAAUGCCAGAUCUGAAGGAGACGCCUGAGCUAAAGUUUAAGCUGGAACCCACCAACAACGGCUCUUAUGAGUGCCGAGUCAGCAAUAGCGCAGGGACAUCAACAUGUACAUUUAAUGUCUCUGCACAACCCUACAAUGCUGAGUUCUACUUCGACACACCUAACCCAGUACGAAUUCUAAAAGGAAACAACUAUUCCUACAACCUACAGUGGACCCAGAAAGAUCCUGAGGCCACGGAUCGCAUCAUAGGCUACUGGAUUAAUGUCCGAAAGAACAAGCAGAACCUGCUGUCGAAGCAGAUAGACCUCAAGGGCAAGGAGCCAGAGAAGGGUGUGCUGAUAUCCUACACCAUAUCAGACCUGAGAAUCCCUCUGUCCUACGAGGUCCGACUGGCCCCCAUCACCACCUACAGCACUGGGGACUACGUCAGUCGCAUCAUACAGUACUCGGAACCCUACACCUACCCAAGACCUUCAGACCAUGUGUGCGGUUUUGAGGAUGACAGGAUCUGUGGUUUCUCUCAAAGCCGGAGUGAUGUCUUUGACUGGACGAGACAGAAUCACCUGACGCAGAAUCCCAAGCGAUCUGCAAAUACCGGCCCCGAGACUGACCGCAGUGGAACCAAGGAAGGGUAUUACAUGUACAUUGAAGCAUCACGGCCACGUGUUGAGGGGGACAAGGCUCGCCUGCUUUCUCCACUUUUUAAUUUGACGUCAGUCAGGGGCCCUAAGGGCUCCAGCAGAAUUCCAUACUGUGUCUCUUUCUACUACCACAUGAAGGGCAAACAUAUUGGCACUCUCAAUGUUCUUCUGAGAGUGAGAGGCAUUGCUGCUGUGGACACGGUGGUGUGGAGCAUAUCUGGUCAUCAGGGCCCAGACUGGAAGAAAGCGUUUUGUGACAUCAGCCCCAGUGGACCCUUCCAGAUUGUAUUUGAAGGAAUUCGAGGCCCAAGUUUCGAGGGGGAUAUUGCCAUUGACGACGUGUCCAUCACCAUAGGGAAGUGCAAGCAGGAGAACACUGUAGCCAGCGCAGGUAAGACAGUUCUGAUUGGUGGAUCACACCCGCUCCCAUUGGCCAGCUGGCUGACCUUUGGCCUCUCCUGCUUCAUGUUGCUACUCUACAGAUGAUGAGCACUGCAACACCACCUGUCUGUAGUGACAGACACUGCCCUGACUCACGCUCUUAUACUCCUCCCUCUAUCCUUCUCCCUGACCUUUCGUCUGCGUACCUGUCUCCCUGUCUUUCCUUCUCCACUCAAUGUCUUUCUAUCCUUCGUGCAUCCAUUUCAUCCUUCUUGCUUAGAUACAUGGUAACACAAAGUCUUUGUCUAGUUUCUCUUCCUCUGCUUUCUUUGAACAUUUCCCCCAGAACCUUAGUAUAACCAACUAACGUACAUACUGUAUUUAAGGUGAACAUCCUUAAUGAUGUUUGACAGUUGAACUUCACAUUCUCUGCUUUGUCACUCUAUUUAUCUGAUUAGAUUCACUUUAAUCCAUGUCAGCGUGUCACUUUGUCACCUUUUCCUCUCUGUCAUCAACCUUUUUCAUCCAUACAUGCACCCUCUCAUGUAUCUCCACUCCCUCGAACCACAAUCCUCAAUGGCCCCUCCACCCUAUUCCCCAGACACACACCAAAGUGUCGGACACUACCAAAGAUGACAAAGGACCUGAGGGAAUAAAACGAGGGAACAGGGAUUCCAGGGACAAAGUGAAAGAGAGAGGGAAAGAAAGUGGAAAAAUCUUUCUUUUUCACAAAGACUGUCUCCCUUCCGUCCCGACCGCUAGCACCUUGGGAGCUACUGAAGGACAAAGAGAAAGGCAAAGAAAAAGCAACUGAUGAAUGAAUGAACGAAUAAACGAAUGCUGAGUAAAGGACGAACCAGAAACAGAGGGAAAAAGAAGUGUGUGCUCCUGAUAGCCUCUCUGCUUGCCCUCUGCUUGCCACAAGAGACAAACCUCAGCGCGGAUUAUACGUGUACAUUUUAUCUCUAUAUAUAUUAAAUAUAACAAAGUUUAAACUUAAACACAACUCGGACAGUGGGGGACUUUACAAAGUGAAAUUAAAGAAGCACAACGUUUAUACAACCUCUGCUGUUCUUUUGGGUUUUAUUCUACUUAUUAUGUGAUGUUGCAAUUUGUCAGACCAAUUCAAUGUUUUUGAUAUUUUACUUUUUUGUUUUGUUUAUGGCGUUAUAAAGGUCAGGGGCACUGGGUAAUAAAGUAUUAUAUUAAUAUUUAUGAGAAGAACAGAAGAUGAUUUGUGAUCCAGAAUCUGAAUUGAGCAUGAUGAGGGAAAUGCAAGAAUGACCCAAACUGCCUGGAUAGAAACCUCAACUGUUCUUUGCACAUACUGAACACACACACACACACAAACACACACAUACACACACACACCCGUCACUGGACAUCAUGACUCAGAUGUCCGGAUUGAGAUUGAGAAAAACAUGGUGUGGUACGUGAGGGCAGAAAAGAGCCUGGAGUGAGUUCAGUUGAAUACUUCUUUGUCUGCAGGUUAUUGAAUGUCAUGUAUGAAUUUCCCAUACACUUCUUUCACAUGGGUGAAAGACAGAGAAGAUUUUCAGUAUCGGGCGAGUGUGCAGCGUGGAUUGCAUAUCCGAUUCUCUGUCAUUGUUUAAUUAACGUUGAAUGUCUGUAUUGUAAACAGUUAUUCAUGAUCACAUAGAUAGGAUUGUUAAAGUUUAGCAAUACUCAUAUCUAUAUACAAUAGUUUAUAAUUGCAUAAGAUGGCAUUUUAGUCUGCAGAAAAACCGUCCCAAACACAUCGUAAUGGAUACUUUUCUCAUAAUUUGUCAGCUUUAAUUUAUAUGCACUAUUCAUAAAGUUCCUUAAUUAAAGCUGUAGCUAUUUUAAUCAUCCAGUGGAUAUAUAUAUAGGUUUGCUUUUCUGCAUCACGCUUUAACUUAACUCAAGAAAGCUCCACAUUCUCUCUGCUCCAGUAACCGAUCUACUUGUGUAUGCUAAUCUGUUUCAUAAUCAUGUGCAUUACAUGUAAAUCGUGUAAACAUCUUAUGUUCUUUUGUCUGUCAUGUCACAUUGAUUUGACCAUUGCACUUGUUUUUUGUUAGUUUUUGUUUUCUUUAUUGUGGUCGGUACAAAUUGUAUUACUGGUUUGAUAAUCAUAAAUAGUACAUAACACACAAUAAUUUGCCUAUUUGACUUGCCCAUUCUGGUUUGAGUGGCAAUUUCCAUGUUAAGCUGGAUGUGUAGAAUAUCAAACGGUAUCAUUGCCAGCCUUCAGCUCACACAAAGCUGUGUAAGGCAUGUUGGACAAAUCUUUGAAGCUCCACUGACAGUAGUGUAUUAUAAGAACAUGGAAGUCCUUUUAAACCUACUGUAAGCAAGCUCCCAAUAGUCCUGCUUUAUCUCUGCCAUCAUACAUUUACUUUGGUAUGAUGAGUGGACCUGAUGGUAGGUUGUACCUGAAUGAUACAAACUAUUUUAGAAGUAAACUUGACUGACAUGCUUUCCUGUAAAUGUAGCUUGUUCAUUCUGCAAUCUCUAAAGUGAAGAUGAUAAUAUUUCCAAUUUUCUUUAAUCUCCUCAAAAUGCCCCCGCUAUUUUCCCAAAACACAGCAUAGCAAAAAGUGCUUGUUUUUAGGCAUUCAUUGCAACACCUCCAUUUCUACCGGCUAAGGGAAUUGGCUACAUGUGGUAUUUAUAUCAGCUUAAGUUGUACAAUAUCAUGAGCAUUAUUCAGCACUAAAGCAGCACACUGUGGGUCAGUACUAGUACUAAAUACAUUUUAGAAAUAUCAUUAAGCAUUGUUGUGCAUGGCAUUUCAUCAUGCUAACUGUCAAAUCAUUCCUUAUAUUGCCUCAUAGUUCAAUAGCAGUAGUAACAGGGGAAAGACUACAAUUUUCAUCAUUGCAUUUGGACAUGCGACAGCCACAAAUUAACAGACAGAAUACUGUGGAAAUCGUAAGAUAUAUUGUCUGUAACGUUUUUGUUUUAUUUCCCAACCUUACACACAGACACACUUUGGUUGUGUUAUGGCUUUUCAUGACGAUUUAUAGCUCAAGUUUAAAGUUGAAGACAUUGCAUUAUUUCACCCACCUGGAAACAGAAUAUCAAAACAUAACAUGCACAUGUACAAAUAAUCCAACUCAUUUCUAAGCUUUCCCAGUAUCAUUGUGUUGACUGAUGAAGCAAAAAAUUAAAAUAACUCGUACUGUA